AUGAUUUUUUUGUGGUUGCAUAUCUAUGUGCUAAUAAGUUUAUUUUGCUGUUGUUUUGCGGUCAAUAGAGAGGAAAUCAUAUUCCACUACAACAACACAUACAAAUACAAUGAACCAUAUACUGUUGCAGUUAGUAAAAACACUGAAUACAUUAUGGAAUUUGGUGGUGACUAUGAAGCUUACGAUACACCAGCACGGGUGACGGUAGCCAGUGACUUCGCUAACCGCACCUAUCCACUAUUCAUAACUGCAAGACAACAAAAAGGUGUAUUCUCGUGGCAGUUACCGAUGAUUGUACAGACAUUUAACGGUUUAGAACAAUUCACAAACAUAUCCAGAACAUUGUGCCCCCACAAUAACAUAUUUUCGGAGGAUGAAGACACCUGCCAUGUGACAACACUGAACACCCCGAUCGUCCACUUAACGUCAUCAUCGCCGGACCCAAUCAGUGUUACCAUACUCGUCGAGACAGUACAAGAUUUCUACAUAAAACUUAAUACAACCACAAAUUUAACUACCACACCGAGCCAACCAAAAUACUACUUCUAUCCAUUCGAUCAGAGGAAGAAUAAAAUUGUGGAUCUGGCAACCCAGAGAGAGAGGAAGAAGUAUCUAUGUAUGUCUGGGGAGAAGAGUUUUCUGAAUAGAAAUCUUGAAAGAGAUUAUGGCUGGUUGUCCCGACCGAAGAGUGUGAUAUUGAUGAUUGAGUCGGAUGAUGAUAUCUGUGCUCUUGUCUCUAUACAAAACUUUUCGUGUCCAGUGUUCGACAAUGAAAGGGACAUUUUAUACGAUGGAUACUAUUUGACGAUGACAAGACGCGGCGGGAUUACAUUAACGCAAGACAUGUUCCCGACUGGGUUUUACAUAGUGUUCAUCGUGAAAACCUCGGACGAAGACUGCAGCGGCCAAUCCAUCGCCAACUCGACCUUACCGAAAAUGGCUCAGUACUUUGGGUGGGACGACACGAUUAGUGUACCCACUAACGACGGGAGGGUGAAAACGUUCAGUUUACGCGUAAUAGAGACGAUAUCGUAUCGUGAGUACAUGAUAGCUGCGGGCGCAGCUCUGGCUUUCUUCCUGUCCUUCUAUGUGGCCUUUAUCAUCGUCCUUAUCUGCCAGAAGAGGCGGUAUCAACACGACGAAGAAAUGUUGCUGCCACCCACCACACCAAUCGACAAUUCCCAGAUAUCGUACAUUAGGCAUGGGCUAGAUGGCAGCAGCGGAAGUCGAUACUGCCAAGGAGACACGCCCACUAGGACAGAGGGUAGUUCAUCUUCCGACACUGAAUCUAACGAUGAUGAAAGCAACGUGGACAAGGAUCUCUAUCUUCAGGGCAACAAACUGUGUGUUGCCAAUUUAUCACGAUGCCGGCCUCGAGUCCUAUACGCCCGCUCCAAGAUGUAUUUGUGGAAUGUGCUUACUGUCGCAGUUUUUUACACUUUACCCGUCAUACAACUUGUUAUAACGUAUCAAAGGCUACUCAAUCAAUCCGGCAACCAGGAUUUGUGCUAUUUCAACUUUCUGUGCGCCCAUCCACUAAUGGUGCUGUCAGAUUUUAAUCACGUCUACUCGAACCUCGGUUAUGUUUUACUCGGGGCAUUAUUCCUUGUCGAAGUAUGGAAUAGGCAUAGACGGUACAAUGAUGUCAAUUUAGGUAUACCACAACACUUCGGGUUGCUUUACGCGAUGGGGAUAGCGCUGGUGAGCGAGGGUCUCCUGUCAGCAGCUUACCACGUCUGUCCCAAUAGCAUGAACUUCCAGUUCGAUACCUCAUUCAUGUACAUAACGAGCGUGCUUUGUAUGGUGAAAAUCUAUCAGUCACGCCAUCCAGAUAUAAACGCGCGGGCGCAUGCUACGUUCGGUGUCCUCGCGUUGAUUAUAUUUAUUGGUCUGGUCGGAGUACUGAACGCCAACUUUUACUUCUGGGUGGCUUUCACAGUGCUACACCUGGUCACCUGCCUCGUUAUGACCUUCCAGAUCUACUACCUGGGCAGAUUUAGAUGGGAGGGCGCUGUCAUCUACAAAGGGCUGAAAGAGUUCGUGAGGCAACCGUUGGCUGCAGUGACGCCGACUCAUUGCGGGCGUUGCGUGCUGUUGGUCAUUGCCAAUCUUGCGAACUGGGCCAUCGCUGCUUAUGGUGUAACACAGCACAGUAGGGACUUCGCAUCGCACCUCCUACUGGUGCUAAUGAGCAACCUGUUUCUGUACACGUUGUUCUAUAUCGCUAUGAAAUUGUUGCAUCGGGAAUCGAUCAGAUGGUAUAGUUGGGUUUUCAUCGCAUUGACGUACACAGUCUGGUUCAGUUCAAGCUACUUCUAUCUGGACCUCAGCACGAAUUGGGCGUUGACUCCUGCGCAAUCGCGUCAAAACAACAGAGUGUGCAGCCUUCUGCAGCUGUACGACUCGCACGACAUCUGGCAUUUUAUGUCUUCCAUCGCCAUGUUCUUCUCCUUCAACAUGUACCUGACGAUAGAUGACAACCUCUCGCAGGUACCGAGGGGUGAUAUCGCUGUGUUUUAA